GCUAAUUAUUGCCGUCCAUGUCAACCAAGACUCGUCCGCCGCUCGUUUUCGCAACAGGAAAUGAGCAGAUGCUGAUGAACCGAGGCCGGCCGGCCACCACACGACCAUGAUGCCGCGGAAUUGGAAUCCCUUCGUUUCUCUUCUCCACCUUUCUUUUUCCUUUUUGCUUGCUCGACUCAGGGGCAUGCGGAUGAUUACUGCGAGCAUCACAGCUACGUACUCAUGUACCCAGAGACCAAAACAACCCGUUUUGCCUGCUCCACGGGCUGAGGCGGCAAUCGUGAACUGGCGCACAUAUUCAGCCGUAACUAGGCCACGAGGCAAUGUAUCCAAGUAGCCAAGUAUCCAGCACCUGUGUAGGUACCUAUGUACAUACUUACUCUGCCAUCCAUCAGUCCAUGUACUGUACACAUGUGGGCAUGCAUUAUUAGCAUGUUGCAAUCAAUGGUCAAAAGUGAAGGGACCUUGUUCUUGAUUGACGCAGAGCUUGGCUAACUCUGUAUCUUUUUCUCUUCCCCCCUCUCCGCCCCCCUGUCCUUUCGCAUGUCCCUCUCUCUCUCUCCAUCUCUACUUCCCUCUCCCUCUCUCUCUCUCUCUCUCUCUGUGUGUGUGUGUGUCUGUGAGCAUGUAUGUGAAUUAAAUAAUUGUGGUCAAGACAGGACCGACCCACCCAUGCGGUUAGCCUGCGUGUGGGAUGUGGUGGUGGACGGCGGAUGGGGUGUGUGGGCUUCCCUAUUCCUUUCCCCGAAUGACUAGCAAAAAAAAGCUCCUUCCUCCUGCCAGCCCGCGCCUGCCUGCCUGCCUGCCAGCCUGCCUGCUCCCUUAGCUGAAGGAAGGAGCGAAGCCCAAGAAGCACCACGUGUGCACGCACCUUCCUCCAUCCACCCAUCCACCCAUCCAUCCAUCUGUCUAUCUAUCUAUCCAUCCAUCCAUCUCUCCCAGCGGCUUCAACCUGCUUUGCUUGCUUGCUUGCUUGCCCUUCUCGCCCUCUGCCAAUCCAUCCAUCCAUCCACCCAUCCUUACCUACAUCGCCUCCUCUCUCCCUUCACCACCCACCCAACCCUCGUACAUUGCAGACUCCCUCCCUCCCCCAAUUCACUCCGCCGUCUGCCGUCUGCCGUCUGCCCGCAUCGCCCCGCCGCGCCGUCGCUGUCGUCGCUCCCGCUGCUGCCUUUUCCCGUCCCGUCUUGUCCUGUUUUGUGCUGUGCUGUGCUGUGCUCUGCUGUGCUGUGCUCUGCCCUGCCCUGCUUUGCUCCGCUCCGCUCUGCUCUGUCUUGCUGGUACCAUCGCUGCGCUGCGCUGCUUUGCACUGCACUGUGAUCCUGUCCUGUCUACUGGGUCAGCCAUCGGUCCAUCCAUCCAUCCAUCCCUCUAUCCACCCACCCGCCAACCACACAUACACAUACCGCUUCCGCUGGCCUCGCUCCAAUCCGCCGCCCGCACCCGUCCGGUCCUUCUCCCAUCUCGCUGCUUUGCGCCCACACGGGGCGACUGAAACACCUGUCUCGCUGUAUCCAUUUGUCGACGCCCGCAUUCUGCCCUCGACCCUCGACCCCCGACGCGCUGAGCCUAGUGCUCCCUCUUUGUUGCUGCCCCGUCCUCUCCAUCGUCCCGCGGCACUGAGCCGCAGCCACCGCCAGGCACCAUGGGUAUCUGCAUGAGCACAAACAACGAGGACCUGGAGCAGAAGAAGCGAAGUCAAGCAAUCGACCGAAAGCUCGAGGAGGACUCGCGCCGGUUACGACGAGAAUGCAAGAUACUACUGCUGGGCUCCGGAGAGAGCGGCAAGUCAACCAUCGUCAAACAGAUGAAGAUUAUCCAUCAGAAUGGUUACACCCAAGAAGAGCUCGCCAUGUAUCGUCUCACUAUAUACAAAAAUGUCAUCGACUGUGCAAAGGCUUUGAUCGGUGCCAUGAGCCAAUUUUCCGUUUCUUGCGAGGACCCCGGCAACGACGAGUAUAGUCGCUACCUGCUCGAUUACACGGUCGACCCCGAUCCCGAAAAACCGCUUGACAUGAGGGUAGGUCAGGCAAUCUCAUCAAUAUGGCGAGACCCCUGUGUGCCCAAGGUCUUGGAACACUCGAGCGAGUUCUACCUGAUGGAUUCUGCUCCCUACUUCUUCGACGAGGUGACGCGGAUAGCCGAUCCCAACUACAUUCCUAUCGAGUCGGAUGUUCUACGCGCACGUACCAAAACAACCGGUAUAUAUGAGACGAGGUUCACCAUGGGUCAACUGAGUAUACACAUGUUCGAUGUGGGUGGUCAAAGAAGUGAGCGUAAGAAAUGGAUACAUUGUUUCGAAAACGUCACAUCCAUCAUCUUUUGCGUAGCUCUGAGUGAAUACGACCAAGUUUUGCUCGAGGAGAACUCUCAGAAUCGAAUGAUGGAAAGUUUGGUACUUUUUGACUCGGUAGUCAAUAGUAGAUGGUUUAUGAGGACGAGUAUCAUCUUGUUCUUGAACAAAGUGGAUCUCUUCAAAGCAAAACUGGCACGAUCACCACUCGGAAAUUACUUUCCUGAUUACUCGGGUGGCAAUGAUGUGAACCGUGCAGCCAAGUAUCUCCUUUGGAGGUUCAACCAAGUUAAUCGGGCACAUCUCAACCUUUACCCUCAGUAUGUCCUUCAAUCGCGCAAGUCUCGUACUCUUUUUGCUAACAGUGACAGCCUUACACAAGCAACAGACACCUCAAACAUCCGAUUGGUCUUCGCCGCUGUAAAAGAAACGAUUUUGCAGAAUGCGCUCAAAGACUCGGGCAUCCUCUGA